AUGACAGAAGUGGGAAUGUGGGACAGAGAAAGAGAAAAACAACGGGGCAAGAAGAACCAAGAGGAAAAAUCGGCACUGCUGGCCCAGGAUCAGCCCUUGCCAACAGCCCCUCUGCAGGUCUCUGCUGGCUCCCGGGCAGGGACUCAAAGGCCGCAGGAAGGUGCCCCUGGAGAAGGCCCUGGAGAGCGCUGGGGCCAGGAGUGCCGCCAUGAGGGCAGCAAGCGGGGCCUGGCCUGUCCGUGCCUGCGGCAGGGCGCAGGGCGGGCGCUCGGGCCCUGCCAGCUGCAGCUGGGAGCUCUGCAGGGCGGCCGGCAGAGAGCCGUGGGCUCCCGCAGCUCUGCGGCCCUCACGGCUGAGGCAGCUGCCCAGACCAUGGAGCCCAUGGUAUUCCUUUUCAUGCUCUUGAAAAGCCUCAUCCAGUACCCACAGCACGUGGCUGACGCUUUGGAUGAGGAAACACGUCUGCGCAUGGAAGAGCGUGCAAAGCAUCUGGAAUGGGAGAGGAUUCAUCUGGAGCAGGAGGUGGAACAGCUCACCCAGGAGCAGCUGAAGCAGGUAGAGGAGGAUGAACAAGACAACCGUGGGGCAGAUGAAGAGGAAGCGGGCAAUGUUGCGGCUAACGACGAAGACAACGUUGGCAAUGAAGAUGUCAAUGAGGCUGCAGUUGCAGAAAACAACAACGAUGCUGCAAAUGAAGUCCAAGAAGAAGAAGAGGAUGAUUUUGAUGAUUUCCUUGGAGAAGUUGUAAUGGAGCGCAUCCAGUGGCCUGUACAGGACCUGCAGAGAGGCUGUGAGUGGAUAACUGACCUCAUGGAUAAUUAUACCAUGUACUUUGGCCAUGUUUUGGCCAACAGUUUCUACCCGGUCCUGCAACGAGCCAUCGGGGUGGGCAGUGCCUUUGAAGGCUGGAGUCCCCGUGAGCAGGAUGUCGUCUACAGCGUGCUCAUCCCCAUGACUCCUCCCCGGGGCCACAGCUUCCACCUGGAGCUGGACAGUGAAGAGCAGAGGCACGUCAGGAACUUCCGUGUCCGCGUGCAGCUGGAGUGCACCUGCAGCAGGGAGCAGCAGGCUGAGGACAUGCUGUGCUUCCUGCACCACCCCGAGGAGGAGCUGAGCAGCAAUCAGGAUCCCAGCCUCCUAGACACCCUGUGCACCGGCUCCUACCUCGACGUGCAGAAAACUGCCCGCUGGUUUUACCAGCUGGUGAGAGCAGUCUGGCCAGCUCUGCCUCAGUCACACAACUGGCAUUUAAGGCUGAUGCCCUCCACACGCUCCUGCCAAUUCAAGGUGUCCUACGGGCAGGAAAGCUUCAGGAUUGAGCUGUUCUUCGGCGUGCGGAGAGGUGACUCAGCCAUCUUUGUGUGCAGCCAGCCUAGAGAGGCCUACACAGCAAGCACAACCUGGCCCGAGUCCUACGCUGUGGCAGAGGUUGAGUUCUUCAAGCACAUUGCCAGGCAGGCCCCCCCUGACAGCCUGCACCUCAAAUGCCUGCAGUUCUUCACCCGUCUUCCUCUGGGCUUCAGCUUUUCCACCUACACCAUGAAGACCAUUGUCAUGCACCUGCUCAACAUCACACCCGUCUCAGAGUGGCGCAGGAGAGAUCUCGUGGUACGACUGCUGGAUAUCAUCAACAGCCUGCACUUAUGUCUGCGAGCAAAAUGCCUCCACCACUUCAUUGUGGGCAACCAGAGGCUUCCUCAGGACAUCAACUUACCCGCAGAUGUCCAAAGAGCUGAGCCAUACAAUCUCCUCCAGCACCUGGCCCAGCAACCGGCUGCCCACGCCCAUGCUCUCUAUGAGUACCACAUUCUCUACAAGUGGUUCAGAAGAAUCCUUCUUGCUGAGGAUUUACCGGAUGAAGGGGAAGAGUUAUGGCUCUGA